AUGAGAAUAGGAUAUAAUGAAAUAAUGAUAACAUCAAAGUAUUUUAAUGACAUUAAUGAUUUUAUUAAUUUAGAAAUUGGAGUUAAAAGAUUUCAAGGAAAUAUGGAACGAUUUCAUUUUAAUCCAAUUCCAUUAGAUGAAUAUUCAAGAAAAUUGUUUCCUAACAUUGAAACAUUUCAUAUUUAUAAAUAUAAUGAUAAAAUAUUUAAUGAUGGAAAAAUAUUUAAAAAAGUAAUAUGGUAUUUAGUAGAUUAUUCAACAUAUUUAAAAGAAAAAGAACAAGGAAAUAUAUUUAAAAAUAUAGAAUAUACAAAAGAAGAUAGACAUAAACAUGGAACUACAAUACCACCAGAAGUUAAAUUUCUUGGAUAUGAAUGUUUUUAUAAUUGUUAUGAACUAGCAUCAAUUAAUAUACCAACAACAAUUAAAGAAAUAGGGUAUAGAUGUUUCUGGAAUUGUGAAUCAUUAAAAUCAGUUACAAUCCCAUCCUCUGUUAGUGAGAUAGGAGGUGAGUGUUUUUGUUAUUGUGAUUCAUUAACAUCAAUUGAUAUAGAAAAUAUAAAAUAUGUAAGUGAAGAAAAAAUAUUUAUGAAUGAACCAGUGUUAGAUAGUAUUGAAAUACCAUAUAAUCUAGAAAUAAUCAAUGGAGAGAAUAUUAAAAAGAGUGACGUUAAUGAAUUUAUUAUUCCAUCUACAAUUACUAAAUUAGGGUGUAGUUGUUUUAACAAUUGUUGUGGACUUAAAUCAAUAAACAUUUCAUCAACAAUAACUCAGCUUGGAGGUGAUUGUUUUAAAGACUGUUAUAAUUUAACAUCAAUUAAUAUUCCAACAUCUAUUAGUCGAUUAGGAUGGUAUUGUUUUAAAGGAUGUUAUUCAUUAAUGUCAAUUAAUAUUCCAUCAUCAAUUAGUGAAAUAGGAUAUGAUUGUUUUAAAGAUUGUUUUGGACUAACAUCAAUUACUAUUCCAUCAUCAGUUAUUCAAAUAGGAUAUGGCUGUUUUUCAGGAUGUUGUUCAUUAAUAUCAAUUAAUAUUCCAACAUCAGUUACAUCAUUUGGAUAUAAAUGUUUUUAUAAUUGUGGAUGUGUAAAAGAAUUAAAGAAAAAUAAAAACAUACCUGAAGAUUCUUUUAAAUGGUAA